AUGUCAGAGAACAAAGCCGCAUACCUCGUUGCCGUCAAUACCCCCCUUGAGCUCAAAUCGGCUCCAUAUCCAGAGCCCGAAGACGGCCAAGUCAUAGUAAAGAACCAUGCGGUCGCCCUCAACCCCGUCGACUGUGCCCAGCAGAAACUCGGCACUUACUUUCCAUGGCUCAAGUUCCCAGCUAUACUUGGUUCUGAUGUCUCCGGACAAGUUGUAGCCCUUGGCUCUGGUAUCACCAAGUUCAAAAUUGGUGAUCGGGUCACCGGCUCUACCAUGGGGAGCUUUCAGGAGUACGUUCCUGUAAAAGAAUACUCUUGCGCCAAGAUCCCGGACAAUAUCAGCUACGAAAAAGCAGCUACGCUUCCUCUAUGCUUGAGUGUUGCUGUCAAGGCUUUGUUUCAUCCGGAAUACUUGGCGCUCGAUCUUCCUGCCCCUGAUACCGAGGCCAACGGCAAAGUCAUUCUCAUCUGGGGUGGAUCGACCAGUGUUGGGUGCAACACCAUUCAGCUUGCCAAAGCAGCUGGGUUCGAAGUCAUAACCACUGCAUCACCCAGAAACUUUGACUACCUCAAGAAACUGGGUUCCAGCCAAGUCUUUGACUACAACUCGACCUCAAUCAAGCAAGACCUUCUCGCCGCUGUCCAUGGAAAGACAGUCGCUGGCUGUAUCGCAAAUGGAGGCCUUGAUCCCUCUCAAUAUGCUCCAAUCGUCGAAGCUUGUGCGGCUGUCGCUCUAAGCUCGCCGGAUAAUUGCAAACUGGUUCCUUUGACGAUGGUACCUCGCUUCCCGUUACCAGAAGGCGUCGAAACGAAGUUUGUCGUGCCACUAUCAACCAACAAGGAUCUCUCUUCAAAGAUCUUCAAUGAUUAUAUUUCGGAUGAGUUGGCAAGUGGUAACUUCAUAGCGGCGCCAGAGGCAAAGGUUGUUGGACACGGGCUUAGUUCUCUUCAGGCUGCUAUGGAUAUUCUUAAUGCUGGAGUAUCUGCGACCAAAAUUGUAGUUACGAUGUAA